AUGAACGGAUUAAGCAAUAUCACUGCAGAUAUGAGGGCUACUGGCACUGGUGGUGGUAAUACUAGCAAUCAUGCUAAUGGCGGCGCAAGACCAGGUAUUCCGGGAGCUUUAAAUGAGACAAUCAGUACUCCAACGCCGACGUCAAAGGCAGCAUCUGCAGAUAAAGCAGACGGGCCUAUGCGUACUUUGGAUAACGUUUUUGAUCCAAGAAUUCCUCAGUUAUUACCACACGAAAACAUGUACAAGAUUCAAAUCGGUAACAAGCUUUUCAAAAUUAGUGGUGCGUCUUUAAGUUCAGAUGGUCCCAGUUAUUUUACCAAAUGUUUCUCUGAAAGUACGGCCGAGACGCAAGAUCAAGUUGUUUUCAUCGAUAGAUCAGCUGAAGUUUUCCAAUUGAUCUACGACCAUUUGCAAGGCUAUUUUAUCAAUAUUGAAAAUGAAGUCCAAUACACCAUGCUUUAUGCCGAUGCUAUGUACUAUAAUCUACCACGACUAAGGACGCUUUUGAAAGAAACGGAAUAUUAUUUUACGAACAUUGGGGGUAAGUCUUUUAAGGUUCCAAGAUCGCUUUUCAGAAGAAAAGGUGAUUCACCCAAUUAUUUUUUAAUGACAUCUGCUGCUCUUUAUGCAGAUGUGGAGAAUGUCUUUAUUGAAAAAAAAUUGUUAAGACCACCGCCACAGGCACCACCAUACGUCGGGCGCAGUCCUGAAUAUUUUAACGAUCUAAUGCAUUUACUAGGCGGUUCAUCUUUGGAAUUAGAUGACUGCAGGCGAGAAUCACUCAUCAAAGAAUGUCGCUAUUACAGGUUUUUAAAUCUGGAACAAAGGUUGAUAAAACACAAGAUUAUCUAUAACCCUUGUGCUCAUCAUGAGGAUAUUUGCAUCAAAUUAAGCGAUUUAAACCGCAGAGGUGUUCAAUUACCUCUGGAGGAGGAGAAGCUGAUGUGCCCAUUAAACAGUGAAACCCCACCUUUUGAAGACGAUAGGUACAGUAGUAGCAAUUCUGAAACCGAGCAAUCACAGACACCAUCCUCCCAGAGGCUACCAUCUCAUCAACAGCAGCAGCAGCAACAACAGUCUAGGGAACCACCGUUGAAAAGACCAAAGACGAGUCAUACUGCCGCUACGUCAGACGUGAAAAUAUGUUGGAAUAUUUUAAAGUACAGCAGACCUUAUGUGGAUGAUUAUCCACGCGAAUUGUCAUUUCAGAUUGAUCGACCCGAAUGUACUUUAAUUUUUGACAAACGGUUCAAGACCAUUCAUGUGUGUCUUUACAAUGAAACCGCUCAUCAGUUUGAGGACAUGUUCUCAUCAGAACUAUCAAGGAUGGGUAUUAAUUUAGCAAGCAGUAAGGUGAAAACAGGUUCCAAUGAAUCGGCACCAUAUUCAAAACAUUCGGUGCUGUUGGCAUUACCAGCAUGUGUUUCUGUCUGUGAUCUAAGCAUUAAUGGUGUUAAAUGUCCAAGUGUCCGUUUACUACUCGCAGAUAAUCAAAAUGAUCAACAAGUCCCCAACCUAAAUAGCGCUUCCCCAGCGCCACCUUGUCCAGGCUUUAAACUACAUCUGGCUAAGUCCAUGUGGAAAUUGGGGGUUAGACAUGGAGAACUAAUGAUGAUCGCUACGAAAGCUGAAUCCUUUAAGGGGGUCAAAGAAUUUUGCAAGUUAAUAAAUUAUCUCUAA